AUGGCUGCAUCGUUUUAUAUGACCUUGUUGUCGAAUAUGGAUCCAGAUGAUUCUACAUUAAUCUUCAGUACGAACCAGCUAAUGACAAUAUUGCGCGUAUAUGGAGAAUAUUGCAUUGAAUUGUAUCGAGAAGGGGCCGAUCCUAAUUACAAAGUCGCUGUGGUAUCGGAUGUAUUGCAGGAUAUAAUUGAUUCUAUUGUACAUGCGGAGAAUGUCGUUUUAAACGGCGCUGUCAGAGAUACAGCUUCUCAUAUGACAGAUGAAGUUGAAAAUUUGGAAACAUCAAGCCAAUUUUCAUUGAAAGUUCAAUGUUUGUUUCGGAGUGAUACAGCACUUGCCCAAUUGUUACGACCAGCGCUUUUACCACAAGCACAAAUAUGUGACAUUAGUCAUCAGACAAUUGAUGAAGCUUAUGAAAAAGCAAUGAAGAACACACGAGAUAUGAAAGCUUUAUACAAACAAUUCAAAAAACUACAACGCCUGUGGAUUCAAUUUAAAAAUAUACCGCCUACGACAAACAACUAG